UUGGGACAUACGGCGUUCAUUCAACGCACACAGACUCACUCACUCACUCACUCACUCGGUCCUCUUAGUCCACUGGGCGUGCAGGUGGUGCAGCAGAAUCCCACACGCCACACCCACAUUCAGACUGUCCAGCAACACACCCCCACCCCCACCACCACCAUCCCCCCUGUGUAAUAAUGGUGCCCCCCUGAUCUCCACCAAAGUAUCGCAGCACCCCAAGACGCUCCUCCGCACACCACUGCCUUCAUUGCCCAGCACCAGCAGCACAGGACGGCUGUCGUCCAACUUUCCCCAGGACACCUCAUCCACACCAACUACGCUAACACCCGGCAAAAGUCCACCAUCCACCCUUGUCCUCCCCUCAUCACUCCUUCCCCCAUCCUUCUCUCCCUCGCUGUCAGUUUCCCCCUCGCUCACCGCCGCCCCGAUGAGCCGAAAGCCCCUGGCCUGGGACUGCUGCAGGAACCGACCGAUAUUCUCUGUCUGCGUCAGCUGGAUCAGCUCCAUCGCACCAGCCGAGGCCUUGGAAGCGGCCGGGGUCGGCCGGGCGGACGAGGACGACUGCAGCACCACUGAGGAAGCGCCGAAGAAGUAAGCCGACCUGCAGAUGGAACCCAGGUUGCCCACGUCCGCCACCUGGUCCAGCACUAUGUGCAGGGGCAUCGUUUGGGUUUGGGUGGUGCCGCUGUCGUCAUGUGGCUGCGGUGUGAGCCAUGGGAUGGCGGGGAGGGGGAGGGGGGAGGCGCACAGAGCCACCCCCUGGUGUGCGCGGUCGCCUGUCAGGUCGUUCAGCACCACCCUGGGGCACCACCUCACCGCCACGUCAGCCUCCUCAGCAGCUCCCAAUAGAUCGACCAGGCCACCCCCGCUCUCAGCUGACGUGCCACUGUAACGGAGGCUGUCCUGCACCAGCAGCUCAUAGGCAGUCCGCCGCCGUGCCCGCAGCGCCGCAUACACCACGUUCCGCCCAUAUAGCAGCUCCGUCCCAGCGGGGAAGGGCGAGUCACCACCACCACCACCACCACCAGGGUGCGAAUCCUCCUCUCUCCAUCUUGCUGAGCCUCUCGCGUCGUCGUCCUCCUUCCUCCUCUGCUGAGAUCUCCUCCUUUGCACACCAGCUGGCCUUGCAUCAUGCUGCCGUCGGAAGGCGCGGAGGGGCGGCGAUGGGUCAGGGGUGCGGUGCCCCAGCUGAGAGGGCAGGAAGGCCUCUCGUGACGAAGCCACAACUGUCACGGCUGCCAUCGAAGCGCUGAACAGCGCCUUGAUCGCCAUCAAAUGUGCCGUUUUCUUUCUGCUCGUCACCGAGCACUCAAUGCCACACUCAUUCAAUGAGUCGGUAGCG